AAUUUCUACUCCCUCCUAAGCCAUUGCGCCUGCGCGUCGGUGUAACGCAGUGACUGCCUUCGGUCCUCUUGUGCUGGAGAGACAGAGACGAGGAUAAAAACGGGGAGUAAAGAAUGUUUCUCUCGCCAAUACGAGACUAAAACUGACCUUAGUCUUAACCGUGGACUUCUCGCGCGUUGUUUCUGAUGUUUCUGGGGGGAGCAGAAGAUGGAAAGGACACAUUUUCUCCACCAUUGAGGACUCGCCACAGUAACAGACCAACUGAUGCUGUGGUAACUGUUGCCUGCGUUUGCUAGCAGAUCCUCAAAUAAUCACCUGAUACGUUUGGCUGCGCCUAGAUGUGAUCCUCACGGAUAGAUCCCCCCACCACAGACCACCCAAAUCUGAGGAGGGAACGGCUGUGGACAGGAUUGGUGCAUGUGGCUCGGCACUGAGGCUGGAGAAGAGGAGAGACAAUCAGAGACUGUGUAUACAGGGUGAGAGGAGAGGAGAGGACAGGAGAGGAGAGGAGAGGAAGGGGAGCGCGCAAUCCCUCACCACCACAUCGACUUUAGAGCUCAUCUCCAGCGACCCUCCGUCCUCUUCUUCACUACAGCACCUCGGCGGGGUCUGUGAAUGAGGAGCAGGAUGAUUCUGGAGCGCCUGCUUUUUCGCGCGUUCGUGGGAGGCUAGCGCUUUGGGGAGCCUACUGGUUUCUCCAUUCGGGGGUCUCUCAAUAAAGCCAUAAUGAUAAGCUAUGUGCAAGUCAAGCUGAUUUAGUUUGUUUCCUUUUUCUUUCUUUUCUCGGAGUUGCAACAGACAGCACCCAAACGGUCUUCGUCAUUUGGCACUUCAACUGGUUCCACGGUCGCGCGCGUGCGAGCGUGCACCAGCGUCGCGAGCUCAGCGCUGGUAACACCCGGACCUUGGCCGAGACAUGCCUGAGCGAGCGACGCGAUGGUCCAAGGCGACGAGAAAGACCGCGUUGUGAUUAACGUGGGCGGCAUCCGGCACCAGACGUACCGCAGCACCCUGCGCACUCUCCCGGGGACGCGCCUGGCCUGGCUCGCGGAGCCCGAUGCGCACAGCCACUUCGACUACGACGCCCAGAUCGACGAGUUCUUCUUCGACCGGCACCCGGGCGUCUUCGCGCACAUCCUCAACUACUACAGGACGGGCAAGCUGCACUGCCCCGCGGACGUGUGCGGGCCGCUCUACGAGGAGGAGCUCGCCUUCUGGGGCAUCGACGAGACGGACGUGGAGCCGUGCUGCUGGAUGACUUACAGGCAGCACCGCGAGGCCGAGGAGGCCCUGGACAGCUUCGGCGGGGGGCCCGCCGAGAUGGGCAACGACGACACAGAAGGGGAGCUGGGUGACCCGGGCGACGGCGACGAGGAACUGGAAAUGACCAAGAGGUUGGCCCUGGGGGACGCACCUGACGGCAAAGCGGGGGGCUUGUGGCAACGCUGGCAGCGGCGCGUCUGGGCACUCUUUGAGGACCCCUAUUCUUCUAAAUAUGCAAGGUGGGUGGCAUUUGCCUCUCUGUUCUUCAUCCUGGUGUCUAUAACCACGUUCUGCCUGGAGACACACGAGGCCUUCAACCCCAUCAUCAACCGCACAGACAUUGACCCCCUGGACAACAGCACACGGGUCUAUCAGGAGACGGAGACUGAGGUGUAUCUGACCUAUAUCGAGGGUGUGUGCGUGGUGUGGUUUACCUUUGAGUUUCUCAUGCGCAUCACCUUCUGCCCUGACAAAAAAAAGUUCAUCAAGAAUGCGCUCAACAUCAUCGACUUUGUGGCCAUCCUGCCUUUCUACCUGGAGGUGGGCCUGAGUGGCCUGUCCUCCAAAGAGGCUAAAGAUGUACUAGGGUUCCUGCGGGUGGUCCGAUUCGUGCGGAUCCUCCGGAUUUUCAAGUUGACGCGCCAUUUCGUAGGCUUGCGGGUCUUGGGCCACACCCUGCGGGCCAGCACCAAUGAGUUCCUCCUCCUCAUCAUCUUCCUGGCCCUGGGCGUGCUCAUCUUCGCCACCAUGAUCUACUACGCCGAGCGAAUUGGCGCCAAGCCCAACGACCCGCGGGCCAGCGAGCACACGCACUUCAAGAACAUCCCCAUCGGCUUCUGGUGGGCUGUGGUCACCAUGACGACACUGGGCUACGGAGACAUGUACCCGCAGACAUGGUCGGGCAUGCUGGUGGGCGCGCUGUGUGCUCUGGCCGGUGUGCUGACCAUCGCCAUGCCCGUGCCAGUCAUCGUCAAUAAUUUUGGGAUGUAUUACUCAUUGGCCAUGGCGAAGCAGAAGCUACCAAAGAAAAAGAACAAGCAUAUCCCACGAGCCCCACAGUUGGGCUCCCCCAAUUUCUGUAAGUCAGGCAUGAACUCGCCCCACCACAGCACGCAGAGCGACACAUGCCCGCUGGCCGCCCAGGAUGAGGUUUUAGAAAUGAACCGAGCAGAUCCCAAAGUGAACGGAGAGGCGGCUAAGGCAGCGCUGGCCAACGAAGACUGUCCACACAUAGACCAGGCCAUUUCCCCCGAGGACGGCCAGAUCUUUAGCCCCUGCGAACCACGGGGGGACACCCCGUGUUUCCUUCUGAACAUGGCUGGCCGACCCACACACACGGGCACCAGAGUGAGGAAGGCCGGAACGUUCUCAGGGAGGUCAGGGGGGGAGCCGGCCGGUCCGACGCUCGGCCCGCAAGGCUACCCACUGCUGCAGCUAGGCUGGACACACAGCCAGGAGGAUGGCCAUGCCAGAGUAACCACCUGAUUUCCAGUCCACUUUAAACUCAUAUAGCAAAGCGUGCGAGCGUGCUCUUAGGACCGCAUUAGCAACUAAGAGACCCUUCACUCCCUGAAGCUUGAGAGAUCCACCAUCUACAGCAUUUCCAUAAUUGUAAAGCAGUGUAAGGAAACAUGCACAUGUCAGCACAUUCAUUCACCCACAGUCAUCGCUAAAUAUACCCUAAACUCUUUAGGUGGAAGUGAGCAUAGAUAAGCUUUCAGUUGAGAGAGUGCGACAAAGCAACAAGAAACAGGUGGUCAUAAAACAUUUCAGACAAUAUCCCUUAGACCUACACCAGAGAUGGCCGUGUGUCUGUGUGUUAUUGUUCUAAACAGAUUAUGUCACCAUCUCUAGGCCUAUUAAUGUGUUGCACCAGAGCAUCAUCAAUAGCUAAGCAAUAGCACUGUCUCUCUGUGUACCAUGAUGUCUUGCUCUGUGUGAGCAUGCUCUGUUUAAUUACAUGUUCCCACUGUCAGAAGCAACACGAGCACAGUCAACAUCCACACAUAGCACACAGUGCACCUACACACAUGCUGUGUAUUUCUGUUUUGGUGUGUUGAUUGUGUUUGUACUUGUAAGAGCUUUUUUUCUGUGUGACAGUGUGAGUGCUCAUAUGUAGCCUAUAUGUAAGAGUGAGUGAGACUGUGACCAUAUGUGUAUGGGUGUGUGAGUGGAUGCUCCUGUAAGGUGAAUUAUGUACUUUUCUGUGUUGCUCUAUGUGAUGCAUGCUUUAGGCCAGUCAUGGGCCUUCCAGCAUGUUUUGUCCUGCAACUGGGGCUGGUAUUGGCUAGGAGAGAGGUCCAAAAGCGAGUACGCUAAGAGAGAACUCAUACCAUAACAAGUUAGAUCAUAUUUAUACUUUGGAAUUGACGGAAAGGCCUAGCUAAGAGUUGAGUUGACAUGAAUGGAAAUUUGAUCUUAUAAUGACAGCUUUCCUGGGACUGUGUUCACAGUGUCAGAAUGUGCAUCAAUGUUUCUGGACAGCUGUUGUCAAGACCCCUAUGUAAUGGAUUGUCCAGCUGGAACUUAAUACACGUAACUAGGACCAGUACUCUGUCUUUACUGAAGUACAAAUAAACAUCCACGUUAAGGGAGAAUAUGUCAAGCCUGCUAAGAUUUAAGUAUAAAAAUGUUGCCUCAGGUAUACUAGACCUAGACAGACACUUGAUUAUUCCAAGCCAAUAUAACAUAUUGCAAAGAAUGUGCUGUUUGAAGGAAGUGUACAGCUUUAGAGUGGCCUUACUAAAAUUGUCAGCUUUAUUGUAGCAUCUCUGCAUAAUCUACAGCUGACCUGGGCAGACACAAUACUCUUCACUGGUGAUCCUUUCCCCUACCUGAUACCAGCCCAAAGCAACCUUUCCUCUGUGCAUGUAUGUGCUUCCUUUAACCGCAUGAAAACCUGACAGCCUUUAAAAUGACCCAUAGCUGCUGACAACAACUUGUCCAAAUAUAAACAUACAAAACAAUCCAGAAAAAAAGAAAAGCAAAACAUGAAGCCUCUGUAUCUCAGACUGCCAUUUGCCCGUCUCUCUCCACCCAAACCAAGGUUACCAAAAGUCCCGGAGCAUGGGCACCAUAGUGGCGUCGGUAUCCGCUGGGUCCCGCGGCUGCCCUGCUCUUCUACAGCGCUCCCAUUCUCCCAUUCCCUCCAUCCUCUAGGGAAUGUAAGGUGGAGUGGUAGAGAGCACUCUCCCUGGGUCAGUCCUACUCCUAGAGUCCCACAAACCCUUCCUUGCUACUCCCAUCCUGUCCUGCAGUGUUGAUCUGCUCUGUCCGCCUCUCUGGUCAUCACCCUAAGGAGUUAUGUUGCUGUCCCCAGCUUCUCCCCCUUGUCUCAAUGGCUCUUUGUCACUGCCGUUUGUCUUGUCUUUACCUUCAGGCUUAUGCAGAGCCAUUAGAGAGAAAGUUAACGUCAAAAGAAUGUUCAGAAGUUCUCAGGGAAAGUGUAGGCCAGGCUAUUGUACCCUAUUGUCCAUCAUUUGACUCAGUGACAGAGUUUACAUCAGAGAUUAAAGACAUGCCUGAGGUUCCAUCUGAUCCUCCCUCUUUAUAGUAAUUUUUGCACUGUGGCCCUCUUUUGUUCACCAGCAGACACACAUGCAUAUCCAUGCAAACCUACACGCACUCAGCUAGCCGAACCUCUACAAGAAGUCUUUUGAAUGUAGUCAGUCAGCGGCAACCUGUAGCCUCCUCCAAUCCCUCAAGCCAAGAUUAAAGCCCAAGAUGUUUUCCUAGACAUCCUGCACCUCUUCUUUUCUUUUGUUUCUUGAUCCAACCUACUCUGGCCAACCUACUCUGCUGCAACCCCCCAUGCCCCCCAUCUUUAUUCUCCUUUACCUGCAAAAUGGGUCAUCAAAUAUGUCCCAUCCAAAGGUACCUGGUAGCAAGGCCCCUCAGAAACGUCUCCUGCAUGCCAGAGACUUCCGUUCUCCUCUCUCUGCUAUCCCCAGCGACUGUGUCUCUCUAUUCUUUCCUUCUUUCUGUAUGUCCCUGUCCAUUGCUCUUUCUCUCUACUCUAUUUUUUUUGUAAUCUGGAUUGUGAAAGAAACCGAUGCUGUUCUUUCUGCCAUAAACCCACGUCCGUGAGAAGUCUCUUCACGUUGUUGUUCCUCCACCUCCUCCUGCUCAUUGUCUAAGAUGAGUUGAAUGACCAAGGCCCACUGGCAGGAUGACCUUCAGCAACCCCACCUCCCCUGUAUUCUCUACCGCAGAUCCCUGUAAAGAGGAGACAGUCCUAGUUAAGUAUAUGCAGUCAGAAGUGCUCCGCGUAACCUGAGAGGGAACCACAGCGACUCAGGGAGGGGAACUGACCCUAGAGUUUCCCCCUCUCCAGCGUUUCUUGGCUCUACAGUGGCUUGAGAGCUGUGAGGUCGCUUUCCAAAGGAGAGAUGACAUGUAGAGAAAGAGAAAGACAGAAACAGAUAGAGAGAGAGACAGGACAGUGGAUAUCGGCAGUGGAACAAACGAUUUUUCUUCACAAAGAACGAUUUUCUGCGUGAUGAUCCCUCGAAGGCACAAGGAGUCUCAUUGACAAGGACUCUUUUUUUUUAAAAGGACUAAAGGUGUGGACAGUGUAUCAACACCGAAGGCAUCGUACAAUCUGUUGACAGGCUUGUCAAGAGUUGGAAUAAGCUUAAUAAUCAAUGGUUCAUUAUAGCCACUAACCAUACUAAUGAUAUUACCUACAAUGUCCUUGGUGACAAGUGUAGAAGACUCUUAACAGUACAUUUUAGCAUGAGUUGCAUGGUGGUAUAUAAAAAAGAAGAAAAAAAAGAAAAAAGCUUACCGCUGUUAUGAAUAUCUGUAUGAAAAAAAGAUAUAUUUUCUUUUAAAAGUUCUUCACUUUUGCAUACAUUUCAUGUAGCCAUGAUUACAAGAUGUUCAAAGACAGUGUACUUCUCCUAAGCAGCAAAAUCCUUCACGUUUUUCUUCCAAAUUUUCAUUUGUGCUACUAACCACAUGUGAACCAGCUCUGGUCAUAUUGACCUCAAAUUCUGAAUGAGACACAAGUUACUGCUGAGGAAGACGGUAAAAAAAAAAUAUGACAAAAAAACAUGUUAGCAAGCUUUCUAUGUGGUAAAUUCAACUUUUUCAUCUUGUUUGUUUGGCAUGCUUGUGAUACUGGAUCUUAUUGAGCGAAAAAAAAAGAAUUCAGAGCAAAUUUAGUUGAUAUUUUUCUGUUUUAUGCUAUAAUUAUUGGUGAAUAGAUCCUGUGGAGAGCUAUAGUGAGCAACUGUUUAUUUGACAUAUUAAGUACAGACUUUUGACAGUGUUAUUUUUGAAAAAUAAAGACAAAAAUGACAAAAAUGGCAUCAUGUUAAAAGGAAGGAGUCAAGAUGUUUUACACAUCUUUUCUCUCAUAUCUUUUUUCUUUUAGGUACAAAAAUGAUUAAAAUAAUAAAAAAAAGAAGACAAAUGUAUAUUUACGAGAGAAGAGCACUGUAUGCAAUUUAGAACUUGGGGAGGGGGGAAUCAGAUGCAUGCACAAUGUUAUGCAAAAAAGUCAAUAGAUACAAGAGAAAAAUGAUUACAAUUCUAGCAUGAAAUAAAUUUUGUAUGAAACCUG